CAGUUGCAUCACUUCUUCCAUUGCAGCAACUCGCCCAGGGUCUACCGGCGCAUCCGCGGUGUUGAUCUGGCUCCUGGAAUACUCCCAACGGCUAACCUGCAUUUGACACCUCCCAAGACGCACCUUGAACCUCAAAGCUGCAUCGCCCUAAUCUCGCCCUAUCCCAUCUUUGGAUCCGUCGGCCGAUCCUAGCUAAGACAUGUCGUUGGCUGGAAGCAGUCGAAUCCCCCCUCCCUCAGGGUGCCUGAGCAGUGACAUCAGGUAUCCCAACAUUCCAGGAGGACCCCGCUUGAUGGCUUGCGGAAUUCAUCGCACCCUUCCAUCCUAGUGUCGACUAUUGAACUGCUUCUACUUCAACAUUGGGGCCAAUUACUGCGUGAAGGACUCAAACCAUAGAAUUGAAUCAUCUUCGAUAUGGCUACGCCAGCACAAGACGUCGUAGUGGAACCGGAUGACUUCAAUGACAACGACUCUUCUCUAGGAGAUGUCGGCAACGAUGGAACCUCCUCAACCGCAAGUUUGAACAGCUCAAUUCUCGACUAUCGCAAAGAGAAUGGCCGCACCUAUCACAAGUUCCGUGAUGGGAAGUACCACUUUCCAAACGACGAAGAGGAAAACGAGAGAUUGGACCUUCAACAUCACAUCUUCGACCUCUCUUUCGAUAGCAAACUCGGGCUGUCGCCGCCAAACGAGCCCGAAUCCAACGUUGGCCGCGUAUUGGACCUGGGAACGGGAACGGGCAUCUGGGCCAUGGAUUUUGGAGACGAGCACCCUGGGGCCGAGGUCACUGGCGUCGAUCUGUCACCCAUCCAACCGCAAUUUGUGCCGCCUAAUGUCAAGUUCGAGGUAGACGACAUCGAGGACAGCUGGACUUACUCGCGUCCGUUCGACUACAUUCACAGCCGGAUGAUGAACUCUAGCAUUUCCAAGUGGGAGGAAUACAUCCGCCAAUCUUUCGAGAAUCUUACCCCCGGCGGCUGGCUCGAGCUCCAGGAGUUCGGCCUACCCCUCUCUGACGACGACACCCUGAAGGAGGAGCACGCUCUCUAUCAGUCCAUGAAACACCUCGGUGAGGCGGCAGCCAAGACGGACCACGCCUUUGUCGACCUCGACGCACUCAAGCCUAUGCUAGAGGCCGCCGGCUUCGUCGACGUGUCGGAACUGCGCUUCAAGUGGCCCAGCAAUACAUGGCCACGACACGCAAAGUUCAAGGAGCUCGGCGCCUGGAACUACGAGAACAUCACAACUGGGCUGCAAGGGUUCCUCUUGGCGGCGCUGACUCGCGGGUUGGGCUGGAAGUCGGACGAGGUGAACGUGUUGGCCGCCCAGGCUAGAAAAGAUGUCGGGGACCGGAGUAUUCAUGCAUACUGGCCCAUGAUCGUGGUGUAUGGGAGAAAGCCUGGCUCCGGUUAAGACCACGCCAAGGAAUCAAGGAACGAUCUGUCCGGGCCGGAACCGUGAAGGACGGGCCGGGUGGGUUCCUCCGCACGGAGCACAUUUCUCCAACAUUGGAAAACGCAGCCAUCCUUACCCCGAUUUGAUCCACAUUUCCCGAGCAGGCGGACGAGAAAGUUUUUCACGGACGAAGUCAUCGAGAUUUCGGACUGACCGAGCGAGCCCUACUCACGCACACACCUGCCAACCCAACCCAUCUCCCUCCAUAGCACCACGCGGAGCCGGUUAUUUCAACAAUCAAUAACCCGCCUUGCUAGCUCAAUCGGUAGAGCGUGAGACUCUUAAUCUCAAGGUUGCGG